AUGAAAGACAAAAUUGGUGGAGAGAAUAGUGAGUCUUAUAAUCAGGACUCAAAAUCUCUCCCUCCUUUACUUCCCAUUGAAACAGGGAAAGCUUUAUCUUUUUAUGUACCUUAUAGCUGCGGAAGAGCGAGAUAUGGAGUAUUAAACCUUCCUCAUGGAAGAGUAGAUACUCCAAUUUUUAUGCCAGUUGCUACUCAUGGGUCUAUUAAAGGGCUUUCUUCUUCCCAAGUUGAAGAGUUAAAUGUACCUAUUUUAUUGGGGAAUGCUUAUCAUUUAGGAAGCAGGCCGGGAGAUGAGAUUAUUGACAAGUUGGGAGGUUUGCACAACUUUAUGAGAUGGAAUAGGAACAUUUUGACAGAUAGUGGAGGAUUCCAGAUGGUAUCUUUAUUAAAAUUUGCAGAUAUUACAGAAGAAGGAGUUGAAUUUAGACACCCAUACACGAAUGCAAAUUUACUAUUUACACCGGAAAAAUCGAUCGAAGUUCAGAAUGCAAUAGGAGCAGACAUAAUCAUGCAGUUAGAUGAUGUAAUUACUGCUAAAUCAACUGACUAUCAAAGAUUUGACGAAGCAGUGGAUAGAACAACGCGAUGGCUGGAUCGUUGUAUUAAGGCUCACAAAAAGCCAGAUAAACAAAACUUAUUUGCAAUUGUCCAAGGAGGAAUCUUUAAAGAUCUGAGAGAGAGAUCUCUAGAAAGUCUUAAAAAGAGAGAUACUCCAGGAUACGCAAUUGGAGGUCUUUCAGGGGGCGAAAGCAAAGACAGCUUUUGGCAAAUUAUCGAGUUAUGCACAAGAUCUGGAGUUGGCCUUCCUGAAAACAAGCCAAGAUAUGUGAUGGGAGUUGGAUAUCCUAUCGAUAUUUUGGUUUGUGUAGCUCUAGGAGCUGACAUGUUUGAUUGCGUAUACCCUUGUAGAACUGCAAGAUUUGGAACAGCUAUGGUUCAUAAUGGGCUAUUAAAACUAAAAUUAAGUAAGUACAAAGAUGAUAUUAGGCCAAUUGAUUCCAGAUGUAAAUGUUACUGUUGUAAACAUUACUCCAGGGCCGCUUUGUACAGAAUUGUACUAAAAGACUCACUGGCAUGUCAACUUAUGACAAUUCACAAUAUAUCUUUCAUGAUGGAGUUCUGUAACGACAUGAGAAACGCAAUUAGAAACCAAAAUUUUGAAGAAUAUUGCAAAUCAUUUGUAAAAAAUUAUUAUUCAUCUACUGAAUUAGAUCAUCUAACAGAUUCUGAAAUAAAGGAAGGUAUUCCAAAAUGGGUUAUUGAUGCUUUUAAAUACAUUGGCAUUCAUAUAUAA